AAUAGAUAACGUUCACUUACCUUUCUUGUUAAAAAGUAUUUGGAUUUGGUUUAUCUCACCAUGUGUUUUCUGUUUGCCCAGGUUUUUCUGUUCUUUUUUUCUCUGUUUAUGUGCAAAGCUGCCAGCAGCCCAUAGAAACAUGACCACCAAUAUGCUCCCCUUACACCCGUACUGGCCCAGGCACCUGAGACUGGACAACUUCGUGCCUAAUGACCUCCCGACUUGGCAUAUCCUGGUUGGCCUAUUCUCCUUCUCUGGGGUCCUAAUUGUGAUCACGUGGCUGUUGUCUAGCCGAGUUUCUGUUGUCCCACUUGGAACUGGGCGUCGACUGGCCCUGUGCUGGUUUGCUGUGUGCACAUUCAUUCACCUUGUGAUCGAGGGCUGGUUCUCUUUCUACCAUGAAAUCCUUCUCGAAGACCAAGCCUUCUUAUCCCAACUCUGGAAAGAAUAUUCCAAGGGAGACAGCCGAUAUAUCCUUAGUGAUGGCUUCAUCGUCUGUAUGGAGAGUGUCACAGCUUGUCUCUGGGGACCACUCAGCCUAUGGGUGGUGAUCGCCUUUCUCCGUCAUCAACCCUUCCGCUUUGUCCUACAGCUUGUGGUGUCUGUGGGCCAGAUAUACGGGGAUGUGCUGUACUUCCUGACCGAGCUCCGCGAUGGAUUCCAGCAUGGAGAGCUAGGUCACCCCCUUUAUUUCUGGUUCUACUUCGUUAUCAUGAAUGCCAUAUGGUUGGUGAUACCGGGCAUCCUUGUGUUUGAUGCCAUCAAGCAUCUCACAAACGCUCAGAGCAUGCUGGACAACAAAGUCAUGAAAAUUAAGAGCAAGCAUAACUAAAGAGACGGAGAGUGAGCUGAGACCUGUCUGAGGAGGCGCUCGCCCCGCUUACCAGAAGACUCGAAUCCUCCUCCUCCUCUUCCUCCUUCUCCUCGCACAGUUUGGAGGGUCAGAACUAUAGGAUUUGCCACACUCAAAGGGCCAGAGUCAGAAAAGGUAGGGAACAUGCGGAGCUACUGCCAGGGACCAUAGAGAAAGGAUGGAAGAGAAGAUGGGAAGUCCCUGAUGGUGGCAAUGCCCAAAACCAGGAAAUAAAACAUCUUUAACUAUA